AUGCAAAGUAGAAGUAAAUAUUUCGAUUAUCUCUCAUUUACCUCGGCAGAGCUAUGCGGUACGGCGAAGGAUAAUAUACUGAGAUCCCCUGUAUAUGUACAAAGUUAUCCACCAAAUAUGCACUGCGUCUAUAAUAUCUCAGUUCCACAUGGCAAGGUGCAAAAACUUGUGUUUCAAAUAUUUGAACUGGCGUUUGAUCCAGAAUGCAGGUUAGAGUAAUAUUCCUUGAUUAAGCGUGUUUCUAACUAUAGUGUGUUAGUGAACAGUGUCAAAAUAAACCGUGAAAAUACUAACUAUUUUUGGGUGAAAGGGAAGCCUGAGCCGGCAAGAAAUGGUGGCUUAUGAUCCAAGGAUAAUUAUACAAAACUUUGGGUAAUAAUAUAAUGAGCUCAAGUAAUUACAUGUUAACAGGGCAAGAAGUGCACCUAAUAAGGAUACCAAUAUCUGUGACAGUUAUUGGCGAGCAAAAAUUGACAUAAUUCACUAGGAAGUGAAUCUGUUGAUAAACAUCAUCAGGUUUCAAAUUUCUACGUAAUGCAGGUGUCAUUCAUAUUAAAAACCUCGGCUUAAUUUUGAAGGGUCAAAACUUUUAACUAACUUAAAGUAAACCGUUUUCUCUUAGUUUGUUUUUGUUUUGUUUUCUUUGUACUUACUUUAAGGAAUUGGCCACCACUUCGAAAUGUUUAGUAGUCAAAUGGCUCUUACAAAAAGUUAAUAUCAUGUCAUGGAAAAGAAACUUCAAAGAAACCAAUCCAUCUGAAUGGUUCUUUAUUCUGAACAGAAGCCUUUGACUUAAUGCAUUUUAACAGGAACAUAUAUAAAAGUAAUUUAAUGUAAACCCGUGAAAUAUUGAGUAUUUCCUUUUGCAGAUUGAACUACCUGAGCAUUUCGCAUGGUAAUAACUCUAGCGGCCAUUACUGCGGUAACUUAACGGGAAAAGUUAUUUUCGUUUCACGAGACUAUCUGGUGUUAACAUUUCACUCAAACGAGAAAUUUGAUCCUAAGAAUAGAGGAUUUGAAAUAUUUUUUACGGAAGAUGUAAACAUGCCUGGUAAGUGAAUGUACUCUACUAUAUCGAUACUACUAUACCAAAUUACAUUAGAGUACAGGCACAUGGAUGACGUCAUGGAAACGUUUUUCUUUGUUUGACAAACAUGGCGCGCGCUUUUGAAGGAUAUGGGAGAUUAUUUCGGAAUAAGCAAGUGAAGGACUUAAAGAGGUGGGGCUCGUGUACCUCUUAUUUGUUUGUUUGGUUUUGUUUUUACCACUUUCACACUCUAUCUGUGAUCUAUAACUGAACAGACGUACGGCAACAUGGAAUCUAUUUGCAGAACGUUGUCAAUAGAAAAGGCACCCUGCGAGCAGGACCUAAUUUUGUCCAACAGAUGAAAAAAAAAAGAAUCUGCUAGCAGGGUGGACAAAAGUUUAUGUAAAUUAAUAAUGAUCACCAAAGAGAAAAUGCUAUGAUCUUUUAUCAAAUGGAAAUGAGCGGAGAUCGGUAUGGAUAAUUAUUGUGUACGGGCGUUUUGCUGAAUUUUUCAUGUUGGCAAAUAUCAUGGUAGAGGAAAAGCUUUAGCAUUAUUUUAAAAUUACAAUUAAAAAAAGACCGGUCACAUAUUGAAUAUCCUGAGAAAACAGCCGUGAUUUCGCGAUCCCACCACUGGUUUCCCCGCGAAGUGACGUCUUAGGAAGGACUGCAACAAUUCCAUACUUAUGAAGUGUCAUUACCCAGAUUUGGGUAGUGCUUCUGAUUGGUUGAGGCAUACUUAGCGACACAACCAAUCAGAAACACUACCCAGAUCUGGAAUGUUGGCAUACGUCAUUUCGCGGAAAAACCGGUGGUGGGCUCGCGAAAUGUUGGCUGUUUUCUCAGGCUAAGUAUUGAAUAAGUUAUACUUUGACUACAUGUUUCAGCACCUUGUCCAAUAGGAUGGACAAGCCUUUAUGGUUCUUGCUACAAAGUAUCUUCCAACGAACUGGACUGGAACUCAGCAAAGGCAAUCUGCGAGGAACUGGGAUCAAGUCUUGUUAUUCUGAACUCACUGGCUAAAAUACAAGAGCUCAUUAAAAGAACAAAUGGCCAGACGUGGAUUGGUUUACAGAGGGAUAUCACUGACAGUUCACGCUGGCAAUGGGUUGAUGGGUCUGCCGCUUUUUAUAGCUACUGGUGGAGUGGAGAGCCAAACAAUCACGGAAAUAGUGGCGAAAAUUGUGUAGUAAUGAACCCUCACAUAGGAAAAUGGAAUGACCAAGGGUGUUUGUCUUCCCAUUAUUACGUUUGUGAAAUCAACGGUAACACAACUUUCUAUGAUAAUAAUUACGCCCACGAGUAAAAGGUCAAGUAAAUUGUAAGUUUGACAGUACUGUCAAUGAUUGUGCCGUUUACCUAGGAUCCCAAUGAAUCUGGACAUUUCCCGUUCGUCAUAAUAGUAGACCUUUUGUAGAAUAGUAAAACGAAAAUCAGAUUUUGUUCCAGCGACAAUAAUAAUAGCAGUCAUCAAAAACAACUUUUGAUUCCCUCUAAUUACAGCUUAUGAUAAUAUUCGUUCAUUUAAGAAAUCUUGGAGACCUUCAGAUUCUAGGGCGAGAACGACUACGAGCAUGAGAUUUAAUUUAAAGUCUUUUUUCACGCAUACUCAAAUAAUAGACACCGCGGAUAACUUCACUCUACAUAUUUUUCACCAAAAAAUCAACUCUGUUAUCUAUUUUGAAUGAAUUUAGGCUCCCAGCUGCAAAAUAAUAAAACCUAUAACACUUUAUAACUCACUUGCGUCCGCUAACACGCUAACUCGAUAUGAAAUGACGACGACUGUCACGUUUCCCGCCAAAAUGACGCUGGUUCACUCGCACGCACUACUGAAUACUGAGGAAAUCUAGUACUCGUAGUCGUACUCGUCUUAGAAUCUAAAGGUCUCUAUUUGUCUUUCGCAGGUUGCCCCCAGGACUGGAUUCAGAUCGUCGGCUCCUGCUAUAGAGCCUCUUCUUACGCACUGGAUUGGUUCGCGGCAGAAUCGGCCUGUAAGGCAAUUGAAUCUAGUCUCCCUAUGGUGACUUCACGUGCUGAACAAAAUGCCCUUGGCUCAUUUCUAACACAAAGCGCGUGGACUGGUCUGCACAGGAAUCCCACUCGCAAUUCAAGUGGGGUUGGCUUGGUCAGUGGUUCACAAGGUAGUUACGGUCAUGAAUUACGCAGUCAAUUGGAACGUUUGACGGGCGAGGGAGAUUGUGUAGAGAUAAAUUCGAAGGGACAACUGCAAAAUAGAAACUGUAGUCAUCACCAUCGGUACCUUUGCAAAAUAUCGGCAGGUAAGUAAGAAAACGUCAUGUGUUUCUGGAAGAGUUAGAAUUUCUGUUCCAGAUUAUGCUUGUGUGUAUUGUAUAAAGGUGCCAGUUAAGAAUCCUAAAAAGGUACCACUCUCUUGAAAGAAAUGGAAUAAAAAGAAUACAUAAAAAUUAACACUUGAUUGCAAGGUCCAUUAACCUCAACCGGAGCGACCCACUCAUAUACUAAUGACGACGUUUCCACAAUCAUCAAGUAUUUUAGAUUCAUUGUAAAGUACUUUUCUAGCAAAAAUAAAUAAGCUGCCGGUAAAAAGCACUAAAUGGAUUUUACUUUGCUUCCCUUUUACACUCUGUCUAUUUUAAAAAGGAACUAAGUGCAGAAAACCUUCACUGCGGGAUGAUGUGGUUAUUUCACCUUCUGAUUGCCUUUUACCAACUCACCCAUAUGGAAAGAUUUGCUCUUUUUACUGCGUCCGUGGAUAUCAAGUCAGCGGUCCUUCAUCUGUUCGUUGCGGGAUUGGUGGAUCAUGGAGUGAAGAUGCCAACAGCAUCAUUUGUGAUGGUUUGUAUCUCGAUCGUUUAACUUUCACUCCCCCCCCCCACCCCCUCAAUUGUAGCGUUAAAAAUAAGCCAUUGUUUACAAUUUUUUGGAUUGCUGUCAAUCCAACCCGAAAGCUAUUGACUUCUGCAGAUUAGAGCUUCUAAAUCAAGGUAUUCUUCCAACUAGUAAAUGGGAUGUCUUAUCCCAAGUUUGUGCAGCUUUUUUUUAUUUGUCAUCAUUAUAUAAAUAAUCUUCAGUUUUAAAAUAAUCAUCACCACCGCUACAACCAACACUGCCACCACCAUUACCACCAUUAAUAUAUAGAUUUAGCCAGGGCUAAAAGCGAAGCUCCUACUAUCUCGAAUUUAUUAUUUAAAUCAAACAAUUGUAAACUUGUAUUCCACAAAUCAGUUAACUUUAGAGCACAUUCAGGUGACUUUUGAGGGAAAGGCUAAGUAAUUUUAGAGAAAAAUAAUUUGCAAACAGUCCAAGCCAAGAGUGAAAUUAAUCUUACAUCGACUUGAUAGCCUUAUAUGUACACCAUAGCCAUAAUGGUCUUGAUCAUAGUACAUUAGGCCUGGAAAACAAAUUCUUGGAAAACAAAUCAGGCCGAAUUUUUUGCGUUCGACAAGUUUACUUUACAAUAUCUUGCCAACACGUCUGGGAACGUGUGAACCAACCUUUUAUACAUUUUAUACAUCACAUCUGAGGUGAAAUAGUACCAUGAGGCGCUGUUUUCAUCAUACAGACCUCGGACAGAAUGCAGUAUUUCACAAUUUUGUAGUACAAACUGCACUCAUUCAAUAUUCAGGACGAUCGAAGUACGCGUUAGCGAAACCGCUAAAAAAUUUCCAAAAUCACCUAUACGGCGAGCCGGUUCUCGCGCCAAAGUCGACUGUUUAAAUUAAAAGAUUAACAGAGUUAUAUGCUUCAACAUAAUGGCUUUAUAACGAUGUGUAAUCUUCAAAAGCGUUUGAUACGCGCGGCAUUUUGACUACUCCUGCAAGCAAUGUUCAUGAGCGACUGAAAACAAACGGCACAGACUACUAACAAUCAAUAAAAAGGAAAAUAAUUCGGUGAAACAUAUAUACAGACAAUUUUCAUUCACGAAGACAAGUAUCAAGUGUCACUGAAAAUCCUUGUUUAUGUUUUAAGCCAGCUUCCCGGUGUUUGCUUUUUUCAAAGAUGAACUCGAGGCAAGAAAAUCGCUCAAAGCUUUCUUUUACAGCCAGAAUUAUAACUAGAUAUUCUUUCGAACGUUUUCUUUCUAUUUGCGGUUAGAAAACGUCCAGAGGCUUUUUAAAGUUCAAUGAGCUUAUAAUCAAACCUGAUACUCGGUCAGAUUAUUGUGUCAAAUCUUACAAACGUGCAUAAACUAAAUAGCCCCAUAAACUACGCUCGACAUCAAAUGAAAUAAUUACUCAGGCUUACCAUUCGAGAUGCACUGAAAACUAUCAAGUAAGGCCAGAUCGCUUCAGACUUUUCAACCAUCUUAAGCAUCAAGCAAGGUGAAAAACGAAAGCGAUGCCAUCCGAAAUCGGAUUUUCGAUUUUGACAAGCGACGUAUUUCUCAACCAAAAACCCAAUAAACAAACUAGCCAAGAAUAACAGAAGACUCUUGAUAGCUGCCGAAUUUCAUUUCGCACAUUCAGUGGAAAAAGACAGUUAAAAACAUCACAAGUUGACACAAAACUCUGUCAGCUUCAGCUGUCAAAGUAAACAAGUUUCAAGAUGCUGCAUAAAUUUUUCUGCAUGAACUUACCUGUCAAAUUUUGACCAAUCAGAGCAUAAAAAUUGGACGUCGAGCGUUACCAACGGGUGACCUUGGUGAGAAAAGUCAAAAGCAACUGGCAUGUCUUGCCUGCCUGUAAAAACUGGCUGAAUUUUAGUUUCCGAGGUCAGUUUGAAAUCAAAAUUUUAAUUGUGCGGCACAUAUAAACACAACAUAUUUCAUAUGAAUUAAAAAAAAUUAAACUUGAGCCUGCGAUCAUUUGAAAACUAGUAACUUGUUGGCGGAUAACUUCAAAAAGAUACUCCUCCUCGAUGGGUCAACACCUGAGCCCGCGAUUCAGUCAGGUGAUACUGGUCAGCGGAUACCCUGUUCUGACAGCUGUCAAUUGAUCACAACAUUGAUGUGCAAUAUGUGUGCAAUAUCAGUCUUCCCGUGCUCCCAGACUAGCUAGAAAGUGUGAGAUUGAACACUGGUUUUCCUGUGGUGCGGACGGGCGGACGGACGGGCGGGAGGGCGGGAGGGCGGGAGGGCGGUGUACUGUCACGUAAUUACCAAAUUUUCUGGGAUGGGUAGAUUUACUUACGCAUGGUGCUCCGCAGGCGCGCUUCGCGCGCCAGAGCUCCGCUAUCAUUAUCAUCAUCGUCAUUACGAUCAUCAUUAUCAUCAUCAUUAACAACAACAACAUCAUAGCGAUAAGUAUUGCUACAAUCAGUAGGACCACAUCAUCGUCAUCAUCAUUCCCUUUUACGUUCAUCAAACCCAGCUGCAUCGGUUAAUGUCAAAGCCAGAUUACCCAGUCAAAGAAGAGUGCUGUUCGAGAGCCGUCGUCGUUUGUUUUUAUUCAACAGAAUGUGAAGAAGCUCUCGGUAUGGGAGACGGAGAGAUCUCCAACGGGCAAGUCAUUGCUUCUUCGCAACUGGAUGCCGAGCAUGCAGCCAUCAACGGCAGACUAAAGGCUACAACAACUUCAAAUAAAGUAGGAUCGUGGUCACCUUAUACAAAUAAUGUUAAGCAAUGGUUGCAAAUAGAUCUGGGCAGUCAAGAGCGUACCCUUGUAGCAAAGAUUGCUACUCAAGGAGAAAAUGCUAAAAGCACGUGGGUCACACAUUACACAUUACAGUACAGCGACAACGGAGAUAAGUUCAAUGUUUACAAAGAGCUAGGACAAGGUAAAGAUAAGGUGAGACGCCUCUUCUUCGUCAAAGUGAAAAAAAGCAGUUUAGCCGGCAUUUCUCCACCAACCUUUAAAUACGUAUAUAUUUUGCUCGUGUGCACAUUAAUGGUCAGACUAAAAAUAUGUCUUGCAACCCGCUUCCCUUGAGGAAUGCAGCAAGAAAUGAAUUUAUUGACUGAAUUUAACCCAUGUGCGUCCGACCUGGAUUUUUCAGGUGUUCGAUGGCAACACGGACCCGGAUAUCAUUGUUUCUCAUAAACUAAAUCCACACAUAAGAGCACGGUACAUCCGUUUCCUACCAACCGCUUGGCAUAAACACAUCUCUAUGAGGGUGGAACUCUAUGGAUGUAAAGGUAAAAUAAACAGAUAACUUUUAAUUUAAAACAUUUCCCAAUUAAGUUUAAAUCUCAGACUUACAUGUAUGAAGUGGACGCCCAUCCCCAACCUCCCCAAGCAGUUUACUUUUAUCUCAGAUACAUUUUGACAAAACGUGGCGACGCACGGUUGCCUAUUUUGGUUACGAGAUAUGAAACUGUUAAAGGAGAGAGUUCAAUCUAUUUUCGAACAGUUUUAUACAGUUUUACCCUGAAUAUGAAUAUUAUGGAAACAAGCGAAUAAACGUGACAAAAUAUACCAUGAUACACGAUAAAUUACCAAAAGAAGGAAAUUCUCUUUAGCAUUAGAAGAAUACAGUUAAUUUUGUGAUUCAAUUUAAAAAAACAAAAACUUUCAUGAGUCAAUCUGACAAAUGAUCUUUCCUUAGGGACACCAAAAUAUGGCCACUGGUUCUUAGAUGGUUCUGAUUUAGAUGUAAGGUUAGUAUAACAUAUAAAUAACCUACUGAAGAAACGUGAUGAUAAUGAUGAUGAUGAUGAUGAUGAUGAUGAUGAUGAUAAUACUCAUAGUCAUCAUCAUCGU